GAUUGAUGAACGAUUUCCUGUUUCUUGUGAUGCCGUGAGCCACAGUGAUGGAUCAGGUACAACAAAUCACACAGCACGUGUCAAUGUAGACAAAAAGACCAUAUCUCACUUGGUCUGGAUGGAUGGGGCGCCUGGUAGGGUGACAGAGCACUUCGGCGGUCCGGCCGUAUCGCAGCACGCACGCAAGUAGGCGUCACCCACCACCCAUGCCCAAGAGGCUGCACUUAUCCUUUCGCGAGAUCUUCCGUUGCACCCCUCUGUUCCUGGCGGUGUCAUGCAGAACGCAUCGAGCACACAGUCUGAGCCGCCUCCCGAUGGCGCAUCGAGCAGCGGUGGAGGCGCAGAGCUCCAUUCCAGGCCGCGAAGGGGCACAGCAAUGGCCAAACGACCACCCAAACCCAAGUAAGAGCAACGAGGGAGUACGAGGGAGGGAGGGUCGUUCCACCCACCGCAUACACACGAUUCAUUGUCGUGUGUUCUGCCCGCGUUCACAUCAGAAGCACCGUUUCACACGCACCUGCCAGCCACACAUCCCACGGCCACCCCUUCAUCCAUCCCGACGCACAGAUCCAUGAUGACAAUGUAGCUGGUGGUGGUGGUGGUGCUGCUGCUGCAUCGGCUGUGGAGCCCCAAGACCCCUUGCGUCACCUGUCUGGCGGCACUGGCGACGAGGGCAACCAGCGGUUCAGCGCCAUCUCGUCCGUCCACUUCACCGACCCAUCGCAGAUGUCGUCGCCCCCUCAGUACAGCAGCUUCCCCCUGUCGGACUCGCACACAAGCUCGCCGGCCAACCGGUCAGAGGCAGCGCCGUCAGAGGCAGGGCCUCUUCAAUUCAACCAAGAAGACGCUGUAGGAGGUGGUCGUGUCUUCUCGUUUGGGCCACCGGAUGGUGAUGGUGCCGGUGGUGAGGUAGACGUAGACGAUGAGCCGAUGGCGGAGGAGGGAGGCGACCAUGGAGAGGGGGAGGGAGAGGGGGAGGUGGUGCUCGCGCCGGCUGAGGACGGCGUACCGGUGUUCGGCGUGCCAGAGCAUAUCCCCAUGGACACCACCCCAGCGACAAUCGAGCGUCGCGAGGGCACUCGGCUGACGGACCAGUCUCCCGUGACCGUCCGUGGCCCGGCCGCGGCGAGCCCAGCUCCAGAUGAGGGACCGGACGAUUCCAUCGCUGUGCCCCGCCCAGUAGGUGGGCUCCCCUUGACGCCAUCCAAGACACAAGUACAUGGGCAGCCGCGGGGGGGACCACAGGCAACGCCGCCGGGCAACUAUCGCUUCUUCGCACGUGCGGGACUGCAGCCGGUUCAUAUUGAGCGCACACCGAGCUCGGCAUUCCCUGGCUGCUCUCCAAGUCCUCAGGUAAGUGCUCGAAAUGCGAUACUGUGCUCGCCUUUGGCAUUUGGUGUGUGUGUGUGUGUGUGGUUGGUUUUAUUCUCAGACGAAGCCAAUUCCCGACCCGUCCCCCGCUCCCCCAUCCCCCUCGUUCGGCGACAACCAACAGCAGGCCCCAUCCACACCCUCACCUCCAGACAAUGCCCAGCAGACACAGGACGGCCCAGCUGAGGAGCCGCCCCCCGCCACACGUACAGGAGAAAUGGCCGUAGUGGCUGGCGCAGAGAACGAGGGAGAGGGCAAUGACAGCGAGCUGAUGCCACUCGCCUCCCCCUCCCCCGACCCUGGUGGCCAUGGCGCGAGGGAGGGCCGACGCACGGCGGCGUUUGGGACUGAAGAGGAUGCCGCGCCAUCGAGGAGGGAGGGGGCAGGGGUGGGGGAAGGGGAGCAGCAGCUGCGGGGGCCACAGGCAACCCCGCCAGGCAACUAUCGCUACUUUGCGCGUGCGGGGUUGCAGCCGGUUCAUAUUGAGCGCACACCGAGCUCGGCGUUUCCUGGCUGCUCUCCAAGUCCUCAUGUAAGUGCUCGAAAUGCGAUACUGUGCUCGCCUUUGGCAUUCGUGUGGCUAUGGUGUGUGUUUUGUUCUAUCAUUCAGACCAAGACCCUCCCCGACCCGUCCCCCUCUCCCCCAUCCCCGCCACGUGACUUCAGCAUGCCCGACUCGCCCGUCUCCUUCGGCGACAACCAACAGCAGGCCCCAUCGCCACCCUCACCUCCAGACAACCCGCAGCAGACGCAGGACGGCCCAGUGGAUGAGCCACCCCCCGCCACUCGCACCGAGGAGGCAGCCGCAGUAGCUGGCGUAGAGAGCGUCGUCGAGGGCGAUGACAGCAACCUGAUGCCGCUCGCAUCGCCUUCCCCCGACUCUGGCGGCCGCGGUGGGAGGGAGAGCCGACUCACGGCCGCGUUUGGGAGCACAGAGGAUGCCCACGAUGACGCGUUCUCCUUCGGCGCCCCUGCCGCUGCGCCUUCUCCUGUAUUCACAUUCGAACCCCAGCAGCAGCAGCAGCAGCAGCGGUCCGGCGGGAAUGGCGAUGCGGCCCCACUCUCUUCGCAGCUCCCACCUCCAGAACAAGCUGCUGAUGACAACCAUAUUGGGAGCAUGGCGGGGGCUCGCUUCUCGUUCGGCCGGACAGAAGAAGACAAGACACAGGAGAGGGCGAUGGCGGCGCUGGAGGAGGUCAUUAUGCGGGGGACCAUCCGCGCGGCUGUCGAGAAGGAGGUCGCUGGCGCGGCGGUGGGGCAGCCGGCAGAGGAGGUGCGUGGCGAGGAUGCUCGUCGCCGGCGAGACUCGAUCCGUCCGCUACCUGCUGCGACGGAGCAGGGUGAGGGAGAGGCUGGGGGCGGUGAAAAGAAGGAGAUCAAGAUCGCCGCUGCCGUGUUCGAGCCCAAGAGGACCCACCGCCCGCAGCCCUCCCCCCUCCGCACCCCGACGCGGCUGAAGCUGCCGCCCGAGAUCGUCCCACACCCAGAGUCGGCUGCAGCCAGCAAGCCGAAAGGAGCCUUUCCCAGCAUCAAAAUCCUGCGGCCUGAGUACGAAAAGCGCGGCAAGUCCAAGGGCAUCGGCAAACCGACACACACCCGCCCCCCCAGCAGCCGGAGCGUUGUCGAGACGGGGAACAGGCAGAAGCGGGGCAAGGGGGGCACGCCCGGCCACACGCCCCCAGGCACCCCCCGAUUCGGCAACCGCACGCCGAACAAGGACGACAAGACACCACAUCAUGCGCACGGCAGCCGACUGGGGCCGAUGGAUGGUGGCAAGGGCAUGCUGCCGCGGCCGCCGUCGCCUCUGUUGGGGGUGGACAAAAGACCCUCCCCUUUUGUGCCGAGGAAGGGCGGGAUGGGUGUUGGUGCGGGUGUGGGAGUAGCCGAUGGGGAUGAGCUCUUGCGGGCGGCUGUCAGGGAGGACGAGAAGGAGAAGGAGAAGGGGGACGGUGGUGGUGUUAGUGGCGGUGAGGGGGCUGCUGGUAGUGGUGUUGGUGUUGGUGUUGGUGGUGUUGGCAGUGUUCGACCGGCAGAUCGGCUGGAGGACAAACGACGGCUGUCCACCGUGCCCCGUAAGGGGCUCGGUAGCCGUAUUGACCGGCUACCUGAAGGUCAGUCGGACCCUCCACUCCACCACACACCUUCGAUCCCUCUGUGUCUGCCUGUCUGUCUGUCAGCGGCGAAUCGUGCCCCAGGCCGUUUGAGCAUCAGGCCCCCAACUUUGGUCGGGAAGGCCAAGCAGCGGCCCCGGUCUCGCGCGGCGCUGUCGUCUCUGCCGUCAGUAGCCGAGGAUGGGGACGAGUGGGGUGCUCAUGGUCAUGAUGGUGGUGGUGGUGGUGGUGGGCGGUGGUGCGACAUCGUCGACCCACAGAUGACGUCUGAGCACCCAUCGCCGUUAGAAGACAAGAAAGGUGGGUGAGAUGGGUGGCGGGGCAUGGAUGUGCGUGUACGCGUGUAUGGUAUGUGUGGUUGGUGUCUGUCAGCCUCUACGCCGGCCAGGCGCGCGCGAAACCCGGAGAGCAUCAUCCGUAGCGACCUCAAGGGUCAGUCAGUCAGCAACAAGAGCACCUACACCACACGCAUCCACACACACAUGUCUUGCCUUCCGCAGAGGUUUUCCCCACAGCCGACGCCAUCCUCAUCGCCCCGCCAGACAACCCCGCACCAGCCGCUCGCCACAGCCACAAGGCCUCACGCAAGAGCCGAUCCAUGUCGCCGCCCCCUGCCACACCCACACACCCCAAGAAGCCUCAGAAGCCCCCUCUCCCUCCUGGCGCUCGUCUGGUUGCCGGCUCUGGGGCCUCCAGGCCACCUCGACCAUUGAUGGUGCCCACACCCAACGGGGCCGGUGUGCCGGCCUCGCCCGCCGUUUCCGUCAUGUCGGUGCGGUCGAUCGACAGCCGCGUGACGCCCCCUGUGAGCGUCGAGCGCAUCAAGAGACGACUUUUCGUCAAGAAUGCGCCACCCAAGGAGAAGGAGAUGGAGAAGGAGCGCCGCCCCUCUCUGCUGCAUCAGAGGAUCUCGCGGGGAUCUCUCGCAGGGCCUGCGCCCAAGACAGCGGCGAAGGCGGCGGGGCGCCGCGAGUCGUUGGCGCGGCCGGACGAGUGGGAGUUCACUGAGAUGGAGGAUGGCGAAGCGGUGCCCCUUGAUGCAGACGAGGGGGGGGACCUAGACGAGGGGGGUAUGGGUGAUGUGUGUGUGGGUGAGGGUGAUGGGUACGGCGCGGGGCGCUUGUCAGUGUAUGAGCGAUUUGAAGAGUGGGCGGAUGAGUCUAUAGGUAGGUGAGAGAAUGGGUGAAAUUGGGAGGAGGAAGGACAGGCCGGCCAUAGCCAUCCAUCCAUCCAUCCAUCCAUGUGUGUGUGUGUGUGUCUGUCUAUCUGUGUGCAGUCGGGGAGGAGGAGGCCGCUGUGGUCGAUGCUCAAGAGGACACCCAGAAAGCCAAAGACGCAACACAUGGCAAGGUAAGGCAAGACAAGACAAGACCCACAAGCAACCAAACACAAAGGCGCAAACACACACACACACACACACACCCAUCCCUCCCAUCCCAUGUGCAGCUCGGCGUCGAUGGCACCCCCGCUGCUGCGGCGGCGGCGGCGGCGAGUGUAGAAGGAGGUCUGCAGCGUCCUCGCGCCAAGUCAAUGCUGCCCCGCCUGCCCUACAGAAGCACCAAGCCAAAGCCUGCUGCUAUCCAAACAAGGGACAAGCAGACGACCGAAAGAGGUGAGGCAAACUGACAGCGACAGUGACACGCACAAGUCAAGGGCAUCGCCGACCUUUACCCCCUCCCCUCCAUGUGUGUGUGUGUGUGUGUGUGGUUUAGGGGUUGGCGAGACCUAUCGUGGCGCGACUAUGGCUCCUGCAGACUUCAACUUCGAUGGCUUCGGUACGCCCCAUGCACACACACAUGGGCUUCUUAAGGUGUGUGGUGUGUGCUACCCGCCAGACGAGCUCUCUGACAACGAGCAGGCGCUAGAGCUGAUCCGUCAAGCAGUCAAGAAGGAGUACGACGCAAUCGAGGCUCAAUUCGGGGCAACGAGCUGGCAGGCCAGACUCGGUCAGUCAUCGUGUGCCCCUCCUUAAUGGCGUGGAUGGAAAGGCCGAUGGGUGGAUGUGUGUGUGUGUGGUUCUGCCUGCAGCUGCACGGGUGUGUGACGACGCCAUUCGCCGGACGUUUACACGGAUGGAGGAGGAGGCGAACGUAGAGGAGGUACGUGCCCACCCAGACCAGACCCUCAAACACACAGAGACAGAUACACCCAUUCCUGUCAUUUCUGUACAUGUCUGUCGGCAGGAUUCGCCGCCAGGAGGCGUAUCGCAGGAGGUCACAUUCACACACACACGGAUCGGAUGGAGGCCAGAUAUCUCCACCCAUCCAUCCAGCUUUCUGUGUGUGUGUAAUGGUCAGCUGGCGUGCGUGUUGAAGGAGCAGCACCUCGGCAGAGAGAUUCAGCAACUCCAGCACACACGUGACAAGUAAGGAACCACCCAUCCAUCCAUCCAUCCAUGCAUGCCCUCCACUGUCGCGUGUGUCAUGUGUUGCUUUGUGCAGGUUGACGGCCAAGAUAGCUCAAUGGGAGGCAGCCAUCAAGGAGUACCCACCCGUCCCUCACCAAGGCCAACAACAGGACACUGCAGAGCAGACCACAGACGACACACAGCAGAAACCAGGUGGUGGCGGUGUGUCGACUGAUAGUGGUGGUGGUGGUGCUGGUGCUGGUGCAGCCGAUGCUGCCCCGGUGGAGCCACAGCAUGACGCGUCAAUAGCACUGCUGAGCAAGGUGAGAAUGACGCACACAGACACAGACACAGACAUUGAUGGAUGGAUGGAUGGAUUUCCCCUAUUGUUUAUUGUCAUGGUUGGUAGGUGGAGGAGGGCCAACGGCGGCUGUCACAGAUCGACCGAUGGCUCUCAAACACGGUCCAGCCAAUACAGGUAGGUCAGAACCAUGCAUGAGUACGGACCCACUGCACUCGCCCCCACACGCCUGCAUGUCUGUCUGCGCCUGUCGCGCCGCGCCCAGGAGGACUUCAUUCGUCACCUGGUAGCGUCAUCGUCCCAGUACGCACCCCCCCGGCCCAUCCAGGACACCCCCCGUGCCAUGCGGCUCGUGGGCCGACUCGCCAACGCCAUGCAAGAAGAGGUACACGUACACCACACGCACCCACCCCUGCCCUGUCUGUGAAUGAAUGCAUCGAUGUGCGUGCCUGUCAUGCAGAUGAGCCGCCGCCCCUCGGCGCGUCAGUCCCUUACCGGCGGUGGGAGUCCCGGGGGCCGGUCCUCAGGCGCACCCACUGUGUCAGUCCCGCAGCCACGCCCGGACACUCGGCUGCCACGCGGCCCUCCGACCGACAGUGGGAAUGCGUCAGAGAGGGAGGGUGAUGGCACCAAGGGGUAGCGUAGCGGAGAUGGACGGAGGUUGGACACACCGGUAGCGAGACGCAUGAAUGCACAUCACGUAUGGCAUGCGUGUGUAGCCAGCUGCAUUCCGUUCCCACGGGCUGCCUAGUUCAUCAAACACAUAUACAUGGAUGGCAUGGGCGGGCGUAUGCUAUGCGCUGUGUGUGUAGCCAUGCUCAUAUGACGACUGACUGGAUGACCGACUGACUGACUGACCGGGGUACGGUGUUUGGAUUGUGUGUGAAUAGACAAUGGAAAUGGCCGCUCAAGUGGGCUGAGGCAGACAUCCCCGCGGCUGCAGGGCUCAUUUGCAAUGGAAGAAAGCG